AUGUCAAUGGCUUUGCAUAUCGCGUUUAUCGUCACCACGCUGCUAGCAGCCACAACCCCAAUCAAAGCGACCUACGAUUCACAAGAUGACCAAAUAAAGUGUGGUGGUUGUCCUUGUAACAAUCCUUGUUACACUACUAGUCCUCCACCACCGCCACCACCAUCACCGCCGCCACCCAAGAUGCCGACUCCAACACCCGGGCUGGUCAACCCAUGUCCUCCACCACCAAUUACUGGAAGUGGAUCCGGGCUGGCCCCUCCUGGGUACAUUUACAUUACUGGGCCACCAGGAGAUGUUUAUCCCGUCAACCCAUUUUUCUCCGGUGGGUCCCACCGCAAUUUAUGGGCUACGCGGCGGCUGCUGGCGUUGCUUGGUGUACUGGUCAUGCUGAUUGUUCGCUGA